GAUAUUCCCGUUUUCGGGCUUUCUUUGCGAAUGACCGACGGGUAUCGAAAGCUCGUCCCCGCGCGUUUGUUAAUCAAGCGUACGCGUAGCUUUACGGGCAACACGCAAGUGGGGGGUUGCCGGAGAGAUCGCGGAAGGAAGGGAAGAGAGCAGAGCAGAGCAAAGCGGAGCGGAGCAGAGCCGAAGAGAGCAGAGCAGAGCAGAGCAGAGCGGAGCAGAGCACCGUACUAUUCUCUAUGCCAUGGCCCGUAUGACGAAGCCGUUCAUGAUAAUGCGAUAGUGUUGGUUUGUGCUUAGCACUUGAUAAAAGAUAGCGGUGACUGAACAGAUGCCAGUACUCACCCGCAGCUCGACCUGUCGGUUGAGAGUCGCGUACUCGCCCCGUGUACACUGUACAUCGGUACAUCAUCGGCAACGCAACGGUGUUACGCUCGUCGUGAAAGUGUCUAAAAAAUGCUGACGAUUCGAAGAAACUUGGAAAGACAACCAAUGUGAAGAAGGGGAUACAUCGUCGCGAGCCGAGACCGUUGCGUGUCGUCGUCGUUGUACGAGUUCUCUACGGUUCUCGAUUGUCGAUUCUCGAUUCUCAAUUGUCAAUUCGGAAUUGGAUGACGACAAAUAUUUGAUCGUUCGAUGCUACAAAUAUGUCUAGAGGACGGCACGAAAUUUACCUGGACCCGUUGAAAACGAUCACGGAACGCCACCGUUGGCCAGCGAGUACCGCGAGGAACAUGUAAAACGCGAGAGAAACGGUCAAGCGAAUCGAGUUCGUUGGAUAGAAUAUGACCAUUGCGAUCCAGCGACAAUAUUACUUCAAAAAGAUUCGCUGUAAACGUUGAUCGUCGCCGAUAGGAGAUCGCGGAAAUAACUCGACCAGUUAAACGUACCUGCUGCCACGGGAAUUAAAGAUUGAUCGCGAACGGCCGCGAGAACGAUGGCCAAGUGUUCGAUGUUGUAUCGAGAUCGAGUUUCGUCGUCGACGGGAUCCAUUCGAAAAAAAUAGAAAUCAAAGUGAGGGGUGUUAGCAUUACCAAGUGUCGAGGUACGGAUCGAGGUUCGAUAAUCGUCGUUCAUCAAGCAUAAUUGAUAGACCGUUGGUGCCGUCGGUGAAAUCGUUGAAUGCUGAAAGCUGCUGCUAUUAUAAAAAGGACAUCGCUCGAAAGGACUCGACCGAAUUCAAAGUAUGAUAAGCUCGGGCUGUAGGUUGAACUGUUCGAAAGCUCGGUCCGAAGACAUGCAUCGCCAGAGAGAGCGCACCGUCCGCGUCGCAGCCUCGAAUGAUGCAUGAUGAGCGGUGCGACUAGACUCGAUCAGGAUUGGAUGAGAAUGGUCGAGUUACGCGGUGGCACCGGAAUGACGAGCGGACUGAGCGCUCGGUCGUCGAGUCGUCUCCAUUAUACGAUACUCACGAUUUUGGACACGGUGUUCUCCGCUACUGUGGCCGCGCCGGCGGUUGUCGGUUACUGGAGGGGUACCUGGGGCCUGAGCGACGUCUACGUCUACCCCGAAGAACCGGUGCUCAGCAGCCUGACUUCGAUAGCGAUCGGCUUCAUCGGAUUGUACGCCUUCAACGUCACCCAGCAUCUUCUCAACGAGCUGCUGCACCCGGACAAACACCGACUCUCCUAUUACCUCGGUUCGAGACUCUAUACGGCGGUUUAUGGGUUUUGCUGCGUAAACGCUUGGCGUGGCGCCUGGCAGGCCCUCGACCUCUACACCGAACUCACGCCUAGCACGGUUUUCGCCACCACCGGCGUUAGUCUUCUAGCACUUGCCAUCAUGCGCGCCAUCAGGAACAUUUCCGCGCCACCCUUCUCCCUUUGCCUAGACUCUUGUCCGGGAUACUUCGAAGUGCCGACCAUGUUUCGCGUCAACAAUACGAGAGACUGGUCGUUGUACUUAUUGGACUGUGCCUUCAGCGUUGCUAUCGUCGGUACCUUGGUCGUGUUCGUAUGGAGGGGUGUUUGGAUACUUAUCGAUCUCUAUCUAUUCCCGGAUGAUCGAGAGUAUUCUGCGAUUGGAUCCCUUGCCAUCGGGUAUGUGAUAGUAACGGUGACGUUUUCUCUGCAACCGCUGAUGCGUUACGCGUGUGCCCGUCUUCAGGGCCUAGCCCGUUUGGUAGCAGCGGAUGGUUUCCUUCUGCUUAGUUUCCUGGGCACGGUGAACGUUUGGCGCGGCAUUUGGAACGUCCUGGAUCUCUGGCUGGUCCCGGAUAAUCCGGAACUAUCCUGCUGGAUCACCCACGUGGGAUGCUUCGUUUUCCUCGUACUUCUUAACUGCAGCAACUCCAUACUCGUGCGCGGCGUUUAUAUCGACGCCGAAGAAAAGGACGGCAAAUGCGUCGCAUUCCCUUGCCACUAUCUUCGAUUGUUCUUCAAGGUCGAACGCGAAAAGAAGGAAGCAAGACGACGAAACCUACUGGUGGCUUCGAAGGAUUUUCGGCCUCGGGCAGAUGCAAACGCAAAAGACACCGAGAACGGGGCGCUCCUGCCGAACAGUACCAAUGCCACUUCCGGCGCAGCCGCCGCUGCCGCCACCACCACUAUCUUGCCAACGAAUCCUGAAUCUCUCGUUUAAUUCAAACAC